AUGUCCUUCUAUGGUUGCAUCUCUCAGCUCUACUUGGGACCGUCAACUGGAUGUGCUGAGUGUCUUCUCCUUACAGUUAUGGCAUAUGACAGAUACCUGGCCAUCUGCAACCCUUUGAGAUAUUCCUCAAUUAUGAACAUCAGGACUCGAAAUCACCUCGUGGUUUGGGUUUGGCUCUUUGGACUUAUAGUAAUGAUCAUCCCAACAGCUACAGUCUGCAAGUUACAGUUCUGUGAUUCAAACACUAUUGAUUAUCUGUUUUGUGAUCUAGCUCCACUUUUACAAUUGUCUUCUACAGAUACUGCCCUGGUAGAAAUGGAAGCCAUUCUGAUAACUAUUAUUGUGACUCUCUUCCCAUUUAUGUUGAUCAUCCUUAGCUAUGUGUGCAUAUUUUGGACUAUCCUGAAAGUGACCUCAAAGACUGGGAGACAGAAAACGUUCUCUACUUGCAGCGCCCAUCUAGCAUCUGUCUGUGCAUACUUUGGGACAAUAUUUAUCAUUUACUUUGUACCUUCUGAACAGAACUCAUUCAAAAUAAACAAGUUCAUCUCUCUAUUAUAUACGAUUGUGACUCCGCUACUUAAUCCUAUUAUUUACAGCCUGAGAAAUCGGGAAAUGAAGGCCUGCUUUUUAUCUUAUUUUUCCUAG